UCCGUAGUCUUCCUUUCUCUCAGUCAUCACCCACCACUCAACUUGUCCUUUUAAUUGGCGCACUCUUGCUUCUCUUCUCUCUAUAUACAGGGACAUGGACGAAAAUUAACCAGAUUCUGUCCCUUCCUUUGUUUGUUUCUUGAGCUGCUUACUGUGACAGGGAGAGUUACAAGAAGCAAACCGCCAAGUGCCAACCUGGGCUUCAAACUACUCUGAGCCCUUUCAUUUAACUUCUUUACUGGGGAUAUAGCUAGUUGCUAUGGCUUCUUCUUGGUCACGAUGCAUGAAAGGCUUUGUUUGAUGACCAUAUACAAUGGGUUCUUGUCACCUGUUACCUGCCUCUAGAUCACUGCUAACUGCAAUUUCUAUAUAUUUUAUGCUCUAUCCGAUCUCUUGUUUUGAUCAACACUUACAGCCUCCAACUUCUCCUCACAAGGGUAUAGCUUUUGAGGAGAAGGCAAGGCUAGGUUCGACCCCACCAAGUUGCCACAGCAAAUGCAAUGGUUGCCACCCGUGCAUAGCAGUUCAAGUACCAGCUAUACCGAGUCAAAACCAGCCAGUUCAAAUGGGUUCAGCUAAAACUAGCAGUAUUGAUGAGUUCUUCGACUCGUAUCCUGCAGGUAAUAUGCUUCAGUUGCUAUCAGCAGGCCACGAGAAAAGAUUCGGCAUCCCCACCACACACAAGCAUACAAAAAAACGAGGGCAAGAAGAUUGGAAUCAAUUCCACAGCGCAGACGUCUGCUACUAGGAAUUCAUUGAACGUUUGAUAUCUUACAUUAUUUUCUACGUCAUUACGUCAUCGAAUUUGACAUUAUUAAUCAUCCUCAAGUGAUUUCUAUGCAUGUGGUUGCUAAACCGCUCGUGAAUCUUCCCAUUUUUCAAGAAUAAAAAUAAUAUUCGGAAAAGCUUCA